UUAACCUGGCCCGGGCAGUCCAGGCUCUCUCACUUCCCCGCAGCCGCUGGCUUGCACGACCUGCUGUCUGUGGUCCGCUAGCGUCCUCCCGCUCCAUGGCGCUCGUCGUUCGCCUCCUGGCCCUCGCCCUAGCGCUGGCCUUGGGCCCCACCGCGACCCUGGCAGGCCCUGCCAAAUCACCUUACCAGCUGGUGCUGCAGCACAGCCGGCUCCGGGGUCGCCAGCACGGUCCCAAUGUGUGCGCUGUGCAGAAAGUCAUUGGCACCAACAAGAAAUACUUCACCAACUGUAAGCAGUGGUACCAGAGGAAAAUCUGUGGCAAACCAACAAUCAUCAGCUAUGAGUGCUGUCCUGGCUAUGAGAAGGUCCCAGGAGAGAAGGGCUGUCCAGCAGCCCUCCCACUCUCCAACCUCUACGAGACUCUGGGCAUCGUUGGAUCGACCACCACCCAGCUGUACACGGACCGCACAGAGAAGCUGAGGCCCGAGAUGGAGGGACCUGGCAGCUUCACCAUCUUCGCCCCCAGCAACGAGGCCUGGGGUUCCUUGCCUGCGGAAGUGCUGGACUCUCUGGUGAGCAACGUCAACAUCGAGCUGCUCAAUGCCCUCCGCUACCACAUGGUGGACCGGCGGGUUCUCACUGAUGAGCUGAAGCAUGGCAUGUCCCUCACCUCCAUGUACCAGAAUUCCAACAUCCAGAUCCACCACUAUCCCAACGGGAUCGUGACUGUCAACUGUGCCCGGCUGCUGAAAGCUGACCAUCACGCUACCAACGGUGUGGUGCACCUCAUCGACAAGGUCAUCUCCACUGUCACCAACAACAUCCAGCAGAUCAUCGAGAUCGAAGACACAUUCGAGACCCUUCGGGCUGCAGUGGCAGCAUCAGGACUCAACGUCCUGCUUGAGAGUGAAGGUCAAUUCACACUCUUAGCCCCAACCAAUGAGGCCUUCGAGAAGAUCCCUGCCGAGACCUUGAACCGGAUCUUGGGUGACCCAGAGGCACUGAAAGACCUCCUGAACAACCACAUCCUGAAGUCGGCCUUGUGUGCUGAGGCCAUCGUCGCUGGGAUGUCCUUGGAGACCCUGGAGGGCACCACGCUGGAGGUAGGCUGCAGCGGGGACAUGCUUACCAUCAAUGGCAAGCCCAUCAUCUCCAAUAAAGACACCCUGGCCACCAAUGGUGUGAUCCAUCACAUCAAUGAGCUGCUCAUCCCAGACUCAGCCAAGACGCUGUCUGAGUUGGCUGCAGGGUUGGAUGUUUCCACCGCCAUUGACCUCUUCGAGAAAGCUGGCCUAGGCACUCACCUCUCAGGGAAUGAGCGGCUUACCCUCCUGGCCCCCCUGAAUUCUGUAUUUGAAGAAGGAGCACCCCCCAUUGAUGAAUCCACGAAGAACUUGCUUCUGAACCAUAUAGUUAAAGACCAACUGUCCUCCAAGCAUCUUUACCAUGGACAGACCCUGGACACGCUGGGAGGCAAAAAGCUGAGAGUUUUCGUUUAUCGUAAUAGCCUGUGCAUUGAGAACAGCUGCAUUGCUGCCCAUGACAAGAAAGGGAGGUAUGGAACCCUGUUCACCAUGGACCGGAUACUGAGCCCCCCAAUGGGCACCGUCAUGGACGUUCUGAAGGGAGACAAUCGCUUUAGCAUGCUGGUGGCCGCCAUCCAGUCUGCUGGGCUGACUGAGACCCUCAACCGGGAAGGGGUCUACACCAUCUUCGCUCCUACCAACGAAGCCUUCCAGGCCUUGCCACCAGGAGAAUUGAGCAAACUGAUGGGAAAUACCAAGGAACUCAGCAACAUCUUGAAAUACCAUGUUGGCGAAGAAAUCCUGGUGAGCGGGGGCAUCGGGACCCUGGUGCGGUUGAAGUCCCUGCAGGGUGACAAGCUGGAAGUCAGCUCGAAAAACAACACAGUGAGUGUCAACAAGGAGCCUGUUGCUGAGUGUGACAUCAUGGCCACAAAUGGUGUCGUCCACACCAUCACCAGCCUUCUGCAGCCUCCAGUCAGUAGACCUGAGGAGCGAGGAGACGAACUCGCAGACUCUGCUCUUGAAAUCUUCAAACAGGCAUCAGCGUUUUCCAGGGCUUCCCAGAGAUCUGUGCGGCUAGCCCCUGUCUAUCAGAGGCUAUUAGAGAGGAUGCAACGCUAACACCGGGACCACAGGAGGAAAGCGUCAUGGCAGCUUCCUGCCAGCAUCUCUUGUCUGCCAAAGAGACUGAUUCGGAAACCAAAUAUCACCCUUCAGUGUACAUGGGCCACACCAAAAUGAGACCUGAACCUUGGGCAGUGGGAGGAGAGAAAGAGAUUUUUCUUUUUUAAAAAUUUUUGCUGCCUCUAAACAUGGCUGUGUGCAAAGACUGGAAUGCCACUCGCUGCCUCAUCAUCACUGUCAGGAAGGCCCAGUCCUGAGCCUGGAAUUCCCCACCUGUGUCAAGCACUUGGGAAAGGGAGCUACAGGAUCUGGAGCUCCCAGGACAUGGCUCAAGCCAGUCAGCUUUCUGGGGAGCCUGGCACAGGUUUGCAAAGUUCUUGCACAGCUGGGGAAGUGGUGUCAUUAUAAGCUAUGAGUGGAAA